CAGUUCAAAAUAACUACUAUGUACUCAGAAUUUGAUAAAUACAUAUCACAAAAUCAGAACAUGUAGUACCUAAUAUGUUUGUAAGAUAUAUCGUUUAUAUUGUUAAACACAAACUGUCAGUCGUCUAUCCCCAGCCAUGGAAAAAGUUUGCAAGCCUACAUUCCUUUCGUGGCUACGUAGGUAGUCGAUUUUUCAAAGUUUUUAGUUGAGGCUAUUUUCUUUACAACUUGCUAGUAUUUGUAGCUAUUAGCUCCUGUAAUCCGAGAUGACUACGUCGGAUAUUGCUCAGGGGCCUUUCCAGGUCUAUCCACAAUCUGUGUCAGUAAAGAAAGGUACAGGUCAGGACAAAAAUGCCCGGCCCCUGUCCUUGUCUGGCCAUGUUGGCUUUGACAGCCUACCUCACCAGCUGGUCAACAAAUCAACAUGUCAAGGUUUCUGCUUCAAUAUCCUCUGUAUUGGCGAAACUGGUAUUGGCAAAUCCACCCUAAUGGACACACUGUUCAACACUAACUUUGAGAACUUUGAGUCGUCUCACUUCGAGCCCAAGGUGAAGCUGCGAGCGCAGACCUAUGACCUGCAGGAGAGCAAUGUGCGACUCAAGCUGACCAUCGUCAACACAGUGGGCUUUGGGGACCAGAUGAACAAGCAGGAGAGCUACCAGCAUGUUGUGGACUACAUUGACACCCAGUUCGAGUCGUAUCUACAAGAGGAGUUGAAGAUCAAGCGGUCCCUUCACAACUACCACGACUCCCGUAUCCAUGCCUGUCUCUACUUCAUCGCCCCUUCAGGACACUCUCUCAAGUCCCUAGACCUGGUCACCAUGAAGAAACUGGACAGUAAGGUCAACAUCAUUCCUGUCAUCGCCAAAGCAGACACCAUCUCCAAGAGCGAGCUCCACAAGUUUAAGAUCAAGAUCAUGAGUGAGUUGGUCAGUAACGGUGUCCAGAUCUACCAGUUCCCUACCGACGACGAGACAGUCUCUAAGAUCAACACUGCCAUGAAUGGUAUCCUGCCUUUUGCUGUUGUGGGGAGCUCAGAGGAGGUGAAGAUUGGAAAUAAAAUGGUCAAAGCUCGGCAGUAUCCCUGGGGUGUGGUGCAAGUGGAGAAUGAGAACCACUGUGACUUUGUGAAGCUGAGGGAGAUGCUGAUCUGUGUGAACAUGGAGGACCUGAGGGAGCAGACCCACACGCGCCACUACGAGCUCUACCGCCGCUGCAAACUGGAGGAGAUGGGAUUCACGGACACAAACCCAGAGAGCAAGCCAGUCAGCCUGCAGGAGACCUAUGAAGCCAAGCGCCACGAGUUCCUGGGAGACUUGCAGCGGCGAGAGGAGGAGAUGAGGCAGAUGUUUGUCCAGAGAGUCAAGGAAAAGGAGACUGAGCUGAAGGAAGCCGAGCGAGAGUUGCAAGGUAAGUUUGAGCAGCUGAAGAGACUGCACUCGGAGGAGAAGAGCAAGCUGGAUGAGAAGAGAAGGUCUCUAGAGGACGAGAUUAACACCUUCAGCAAGAAGAAAGCAGCUGCCGAGCUGCUCCAAGGCCAGUCCUUCAACACUAACGCCAACCUCAAGAAGGACAAAGACCGUAAAAACUCUGGGUUCAUGUGAAGAAAUAAAUGGACAAAGACCCCCUCACAUCAGUCAGAAGACAAAUAAAUACAAAAAUGGAAUACAUUCACCGAUAGUCGUCGUUGUGUGCCUUAUUAGUCAAAUCACAAAUGUUAGUUAAAUUCCAGCCAGAGUAUUUGAUAAGGCUCUUUAAGACUGGUAACCCUUUUGUAUUACUUUUCACUUCUACAGCUAGAGGGCGCCAAAUGAUCAAGGUCAUCCUUUGAAAAUACUGUACUUUACACCAAACAGAAAUACAAUUUGUUUGACAUUCAAGAUGUAUUUAAUUGUCCAAUCUCGGAAUUCGUUUUCUUACCGGGUUGUCUUGAGUAUUCACUUUAAAUGUGAUAUCAGAUAAUGUUUUGUAAACCUUCACUUAAUUCUGCAGAUAGCAGAAUAUAUAUUUGCAUGUCUUUUAAAUAUGCUAUUCACCAGUAGUGUGUGUUUUAUAUAGCUUGAUAUUUAUUCCAUGCAUUAUUAUUGUAGACUUGUGGGUUUCUGGAUAGAUUCCAUGUUUAGAAAUACCUAGCUCUGAUCCAGGACAUUAGUACACGUUCCUCACCUCAUGUUACAUUAGUGGAUGAACGCGCGCCAAUGACCUGGACCAGAGCGAAGUUAUACCCACCGCGUGUUACAUUCCAAUAUACUGAGGUAUUAUUGAUAUGACUUUUAAGAAACACUUAUUUUAUGCAUUUUUAUGUGCCUUACUAGUAUUUUAUUCAAAUGCCAAAGAAUGAAGCAGCUGCUGACAUGGGAAUUCAUUUUUGAAGAGUGAAACCAUGUUUUGUUUUUUUGGUCAAUGAUCUAUCUAAAUGGAACACUAGGUCAAGUGGUUUUGACUUUGUAAAGAACCGUUGUGCGUGUGGCAUGAUAAUUACCAACCCCCCCCCCCCCCUCAGAAUGGAUAGCUCUGAAAAUAACUCUUACCUGCAAUAUUUUUGUCCACAGCUUUUUUCUUAACUCAUAUUAACUGAGGUUUGUUCUUAGGUGUGGAGAAAGAAGGGUUUAUAUCACUAAAAAAUAAAACUUGUGUUUUUUCAUACAUACAUACAUA